CUCAGGCAGGACAGGAGGGCGCGCGGGACAUCAGCACACCGGCCGGGUCAAGGAGCUGCAAGGAUGGAGAUCCGACCAGACAGGUUUAAGGCGGCCGCGGGCAAAACUCUGGGGAAAAUUCACAGACUUAUUGAGAAGCGGCAGGCCAAUGGAGAAACCAUCGAGUUAUCAGCAGAGGGCCGUCCUGAGCUGGUGGAGGAGAAGGAGCUGCCAGUGGUGGACUGUACCUGCUUUGGCUUGCCAAGGCGGUACAUCAUCGCCAUCCUGUCUGGCCUGGGAUUCUGCAUCUCUUUUGGCAUCCGGUGCAACUUGGGUGUAGCCAUUGUUAGCAUGGUCAAUGACCACACUGUGUACAGAGGCAACAAGGAAGUACUUGUGGCUGCACAGUUCACCUGGGAUCCUGAGACAGUGGGGAUGAUCCACGGCUCCUUCUUCUGGGGCUACAUCGUCACACAGAUCCCGGGUGGCUUUAUAUGUCAAAAAUUUGCAGCCAACAGGGUGUUUGGCUUCGCCAUAGUGGCCACCUCCACCCUCAACAUGCUGAUUCCAUCUGCCGCUCGCUGCCAUUACAGCUGCGUCAUACUGGUCAGGAUAUGCCAGGGCCUUGUUGAGGGUGUAUCAUACCCAGCCUGCCACGGGAUCUGGGCCAAGUGGGCACCUCCUCUGGAGAGAAGUCGAUUAGCCACAACAGCCUUUUGUGGAUCCUAUGCAGGGGCUGUGGUGGCCAUGCCUUUAGCUGGGAUACUGGUGCAGUACACUGGGUGGCCUUCAGUAUUCUACGUAUAUGGCAGCUUUGGGAUAUUCUGGUAUUUGUUCUGGAUUCUGGUGUCGUAUGAGAGCCCCGCAGCACAUCCCACCAUCUCACCAGAGGAGAGGAAGUACAUUGAAGAUGCAAUCGGAGAGUCUGCAGGAUUUCUCAAUCCUCUCCAAAAAUUUAAAACUCCAUGGAGACACUUCUUCACCUCCAUGCCAGUCUAUGCCAUCAUCGUGGCCAACUUCUGCAGGAGCUGGACCUUCUACCUACUGCUCAUCAGCCAGCCAGCCUACUUUGAAGAAGUCUUUGGCUUCGAGAUCAGCAAGGUGGGCAUGGUGUCAGCUUUGCCCCAUCUGGUGAUGACAAUCAUCGUGCCUAUCGGAGGCCAGUUGGCAGACUACCUGAGAACCCACAACCUGAUGUCCACCACCAAUGUCAGGAAGAUGAUGAACUGUGGAGGUUUUGGAAUGGAGGCUACCCUCCUGCUGGUGGUGGGAUACUCUCACACAAAAGGUGUCGCCAUUUCCUUUUUGGUCCUCGCUGUGGGUUUCAGUGGAUUUGCUAUCUCAGGGUUUAAUGUCAAUCACUUGGAUAUCGCCCCUCGAUAUGCCAGCAUACUGAUGGGCAUCUCAAACGGGGUGGGAACAUUAUCUGGAAUGGUGUGUCCUCUCAUAGUGGGAGCCAUGACCAAACAUAAGACACGUGAGGAGUGGCAGGGCGUCUUCCUUAUAGCUUCCCUCGUUCAUUAUGGAGGAGUGAUUUUCUAUGGACUCUUUGCAUCAGGAGAAAAGCAGGCAUGGGCAGACAUAGAAGACACCAGCGAUGAGAAGUGUGGUAUCAUAGAUGAGGAUGAACUGGCCAAUGAGACAGAGGAGCUUUACCGUGGAGGUGGGCAGUACGGGGCCAUGAGCCAACCAGUGGUUGGUUCCAAUGGAGGAGGGGCCGGAGGAGGAGGAGGAGGAGGAGCUGGACCCGGAUGGGUGUCGGACUGGGAUAAAUCUGAGGAGUAUGUUCAGCCGCCUGGAUACAACUCUUAUAUGUAUGGGGGAGAAGAGGAGAGGGAGCUGACAUAGAAGAUUGACAUGAUACAAGUUUAAAAAGAAAGGAUAAAGAAAAGAAGAAGAUUGUUUUUGGAAAGGGAUUGUAAGAGAGUGUCACUGCAAUACUGAAUGGACCUCCUCUGUGCUUUUGUACAAUAUUUACAAAUUGCACAUAUCAAAAGUAUGCAUCUGAUUCAUUCCAUUGUGUGUGUGUGUGUGUGCGCGCUUGUGUGCGAGUGUGUGUAUGUGUGUGUGUAAGCAUGUGCAUGCAGGUGUUAGAGUCGUUAAUGUACAUAAACACAUACAGUAUUCAUUUGCGGAAAAAAAAUGAACUCAUCUCCUAGACUUCCUUCCUGCUCCUGGGCUCGUUGUGAUUGGUCAGGAGUUGUGUUUCCACGACAUCACUGAGGAGAUUCUGUGUGCGUGUGUGAUUAUGUGUGUGUGUGUGUGUGUGUGUGUGAUUAUGUGU